AAAAUUAAUGUUUGAUGCAUUGUUACCAACAUUGCACCAGCUAAUAUUGAAACGUAUCUAUUGGAUUUCUAUAGCCUAAUAGUAUACCGAUUAACCCACCCGCAAGCUCGCGCUCUGUGGUGCUACGGAGUUCAAUGGUCAUGCGACGCACACUGCUCGCGCAGCCCAGAACGUCCCACAUACUCGCGCGACAUCAACAACAAUGGCAAACGGCAAACCUUAGUCUGUUUUGGUAGGGGAUUUCUGAUUGGAGCGAGUCGGUCCGAAAGCUUAGUCGCUGCAUUCGUGUAUUAUUUCUUUUUUUUGAAUUGGAGAGUUUUAUUUUUAGACAAGAGUGUUGGUCUAUUGCUAUAUAUAUUUCGUUUUAAAUUUUUAAUUUCGAAAAUGUGCGAGGCGCUGUUGGCAAGCUCACACAGUCUGUGCAUGUGUGUCCCUGCUGCUUUUCUGCUGGGCUACGGCUACUAACCUAGCUGCUUUUCACUCGGUAGUUAGCUAACGUUAGCCUGGCCGCGUUUAUUAACUUGAGGCGAAAAACACAAGCAAAUGUAAAGCGUGUUUGUGCGAUCUGUUUUAUGACAACAACCCUUAACUAUUUCCUUGUCGUUGCUGUCAGGUACGGUAAAACGUGUUGCAUGAUUUGUCGUAGAAUAUACUUUGCUGGCUAGCUAACAGGCUAGCUAUUUGUGUGUAGUCUUCGACUGAGGAAAACGGCGAGUUUUCUUUGAAAGUAUGGAUGACCAGACCAGGAUGCUGACGGGUCUCACCGGACUCGGUGGACUAGCACAAGCCGAUGUCGGUGACCCAGACUCGGUCAGGAAACAGCAGUCCCUUGGUCAACCUCAACAAGACAUAGGGGAUAUCCUACAGCAAAUAAUGGCCAUCACCGACGAAAGCCUGGACGAAGCACAGGCCAGAUGCUGGCCAGAGGAAUCGCCGGCGCAUUGGGGUGGAUCAGACGACCCCACAGAGGGAGGGAGAGCAGGGGGGGGCAUGGCAGGGGGUGGCCUGCCACUCAACUUCCAGCACAGGAAGCAUGCCCUGAACUGUCACAGAAUGAAGCCAGCCCUCUUCAGCGUUCUCUGUGAGAUCAAAGAGAAGACGGUGCUGAGUAUACGAGGUGUGCAGGAGGAGGACCCCCCAGAUCCCCAGAUCAUGCGGUUGGACAACAUGCUGCUAGCAGAGGGUGUGUCAGGACCAGAGAAGGGUGGAGGAUCGGCUGCAGCGGCUGCAGCUGCAGCAGCAGCAGGGGGUUCACCUACUGACAGCAGCAUCGAACACUCCGACUACAGAGCCAAGCUUGCACAAAUCCGCCAGAUCUAUCACUCAGAGUUGGAGAAGUAUGAGCAGGCCUGUAGUGAGUUCACCAACCAUGUAAUGAACCUGCUGAGAGAGCAGUCUCGCACACGGCCCAUCUCUCCCAAAGAGAUUGAGCGCAUGGUGGCCAUCAUCCACCGCAAGUUCAGCUCCAUUCAGAUGCAGCUCAAACAGAGCACCUGCGAGGCCGUCAUGAUUCUGCGCUCACGCUUCCUCGACGCCAGACGUAAGAGGCGCAACUUCAACAAGCAAGCUACAGAGGUGCUGAACGAGUAUUUCUACUCCCACCUGUCUAACCCUUACCCAAGUGAGGAAGCCAAGGAGGAACUGGCCAAAAAGUGUGGGAUCACUGUGUCUCAGGUCUCUAAUUGGUUUGGCAACAAGAGAAUACGCUACAAGAAGAACAUUGGUAAGUUCCAGGAGGAAGCGAACCUCUACGCAGUUAAAACGGCGGUGGAUGCUGCCAAUGUGUCUGCGCAGGCUAGCCAGGCUAACUCUCCAGCAACGCCCAACUCAGGGUCACCGGGGUCAUACAGUUUGUCACACACAGGCAACGCCUACCUCGGCCUGCGUUCGCUCAACGGGGAGGGUCUCAACAUCGCCCCCUCUCUACAGCCGCAGGUGGAUACCCUGCACCGUGCUACACACCUGACGGGCGGCUAUGAGGAGCUGUCUGGUAGUGGCCUCUACACCCCUCAUCGCCUGGAUGCUAACAGCUGGCAGGACACCACCAACCCCCCCUCGGUCACCUCUCCUCCCGGUCCUCCUGGUAGCGUCCACUCCGACACCUCCAACUGAUUCGGUGGCUCUCCCUGCCAUCACUUCAUUCCCACUGCGGUCUGCUCUGACUACCAUCCUCUGUCUUCAUUUUUCACUGCUCCCUCGUCUCUCAACUAGACAGCCACACAAGGUUGUGCUCACAUUUCAUAAACACACACUGUGCUGGAACACAGGUCAGCCGAACAAGAGGAGGAGUUCUCCCUCCACCCCACAGCUCCACUUCAAUGCUAGAAGCUCCUUAACUCAGAAUAAAUGAGGGAUGGAGCUUACUGAUGCUGACACAGAUAGAAAACAUCUAUACGAUCAAGGACUUUUUGAAAAAAACAAAACAAACACUGAUCCAGCUGUGUAGAUGAUCACGAUGUCUGUACAUUAUGUGUAUAUGCACGUUAACUUCACACAGUACUCACACAGCUUGUCCAUGUGCUGUUGACCUCUGCACUCGACCCUUUGCUUUGGAAAACUGUGUGUGAUUGCCUGUAUCUCUUGAAGCCUUGGCAUUUGACAGCCAAACUGUUGAUACGCAUCACCAGAGAGCUCUGCUCACCUUGCUCGUACCAAAGUGCUGCCCCAGUAGUUGUCAACACAUCUGUUCCUCUGAGAUCACCCUCUGCCAACUCAACACAAGACACUGUUAUCUUCCAGUCCUUAUAGCUUGAUGUUUAAUUCUGUUGGAGAUUUAAACAAAGUGAAUAAUUAAGAUAUGCACAAAUGUGCAUGUACCCCCCCUUCCAUAACACACCCACCUCACAACUUUUCAGUCGUUUUCAUAGAGAGCUGACAUAAAAGAUGUGUCAAGCACAAAAGUUAGCAUCCUUGUAAUGGGUGUCUCUACCUGUAAAAGGGUAGUUAAGGGGAUCACUGUUCUAAACCAGGCAGGACAGGUGAUAAUAGGGCUGGUGAGAAGAGGAGGAGGAAAGGGCAGAGAGAGGAGAAUAUAUUUGGUUGAGUGGAUGUAACUAAUAGCCCUUUUUGUUGCUAACCAAUAGAGGGUGUUGGUAGAUGGCUUGUAGACUUUAUUUCUUGCUUUCUGUCCACUAGUUUAUUUGAUUGUAGGCUAUUUUCUAAUGCUGUUUCACCAAGAAUGCACCAGCCACCACCAAAAAUGAGCUCAAUAAAGCUUUUAAAUGAUGUUAAGGAGACAAGUGGAAAGAUUGUGGGGCACUGAUGUGUUAUUGGGACAAACGUGACAAGAAUUUAGAAACGUGACUGUCUUCCAUGCAUGUAGGAAUUCUAGGCGUGAUAUUGUUUUCAUUUAACCUUCCAAGUUUUUAGCUUCGUUUUUAUUAACAAAAAAAAUAAAGGGUAUAAUUAUUACAGUCAGACCAAAAAGGAAAAAGUGCAUCAUGUAUUGCUAUGAUGUGUGUGUGUCUCUGUGUGGGCGUGUGUACAGUGUUCUUGGGAUGUCUUAGUCAAACUGGCUGGUGCCCUCUGACCUUUGUAAGCAUUAUAGAGACUGGGUGCUUCCGCCAGCCAAUGACACACCAGGUGGGGUUCAACUGAGAUCUCCUCCCCAUCUUGAAACAUUUAAGCUUAUGAGCCCGAGGCAACACACUACAACCUUCCGUUGUACCAAAACCAAAAAUACCACGUUCAGCAAUGUAAUAAUGCUACUCUGUGUCUCUCUAACGUUGGUGCACAGCCGCCUUUUCAGUUCGAGGAAAGGAGGGAAUUAUAUUUGUAUCUGUGUCUCUCUGUGUGGUGUUGUCAUGCCUCAAGUUGAUUUGAUUUUUAGGGGUUUUGUUGUGGGGCGUCAUGGGAGGGUUUGUGGAGUAAGGACUGUCAUAUCACACCUGUAAUUUGAUUGUGAGCAUAUAAGGUAUGCUCUCCCCUUAACCCAUCCUUUAAUACCUUCUGGUAAAACCAACUAUUUUGUUUUCAGUUCUAUGGCCAAUUGGGCAAGGGCUUCUCUCUCCUCUGUUACCAAAAAAGAGGCAACACUGGGUGUAGUAAAACUCUUAACUCGUGUUUAAGACAAACCUGCAACGUUUUGGGGGGAUUUUCAUUCUUUGGAACUAUUUUAUACAUUAACUGUUAUGUGAAUAACAAAGCAUUUUGAUAGUAAGGUAAAGCCUUAUAAAGAUGUGUCAGUCAAGAAGACUUUGUUAAACCAUUAUGUUACAGAACAAAACUUGAGCUUAUAAGCUGGUCACAUGUGAUAUCCCACAUCUAAUUACUCAUUUUGUUACUCAUCACGGUUCAUAUGACUAUCUUAUGAAUAACGUUAUCGCCACACCAAAUUAUCAUGCCCCCCCCCCCUCCCUUUUCUACCUGUUGUAAUGGAUGUCACUGUACAGUUUGUGUAAUGUUUCAGUAUUUCUUUUUUCUUUUAUAAACUUUGAUGUUUGGUUGAAAUGCCAGUUUUAUUUGGCCUUUGUGUCACAGGAUUCACGAUAACUCUGUACCAAUUUUGAAUAUUAUUUAGGUCUUUUGUUACAUAACCGGGUGGCAAUGUAGGGUUUACAUGUGUAACAUUUGGUGCUGUGGAAAGACAAUUGUAUCAAUUGAGGUUCUACAAUGGACAUUUGGUGUAUUUUGCCGAUUUAUGGACCCCCUUCCCCAUCAGAUUCCCUUUCAGUUUCCACCUUCUCCAAAUAUUCAACCAUUUGUGCUUCAUUUAAUUCUAAUUUUUUUUUAAACAUGCUCAAAUUGUUACAUUAAGAAUCUGAACUUUCUGUGGCAAAAGGAGUUUUGAAACCUUUUUUACAUGGACCGUUAAAUUGUGCAGGUGCCGAUGUUGCCCGUUUGUUAAUUUUUUAAUGCAAAAAUAUUGCGAUAAUAUGCAACCACUGUAUGUGCAUACAACUGAGGACGUUAAUACUGAAUUUUUUUUGAGGAAAAACUGACUACUUAAUGGCAACAUUUAAAAUUGUUAAAGUUCUUGUGACCCUAAAACAGGAAGAGGCAGCCCUUCACAUUUAAGCAGAUGGUCUACACUUUGCUUGCCUCAAAAAUAAUGAGUACAGCAAAAUCAUUCAUGCCUAAAAACAGACAUCAAUGUAAACAUUGUAUGGUCAGACAGAUCUGCAAAUCUAUACACAACUUAAUUGUACUCAUUUUUACUGUUGAUCAUGUUUAAAUAUUGUUUUGAUUCUGCAAGUGACUAAAUUACUUCCACAGCACCAAAUGGCUUCUUAAACCUUUUUGAUUUUUGUUUUUAUUAGUAUAUUUGUAUCUCCCCUCUUUCCCUUGUAUUUACCCCUCUCUCUACCUCUGUCUUUCCAUUUCUCUUGUAUAUAACCCCCACUGUUUUCAGACUUGAGUCUGUAUGAACUCCUUUUAUACCUCAAACUUUAGAAUUGUUCUAGAAAGAGUAAAACAAAAGGAAGAAUAUGACAAAUUGUAGUGUUCUUAUUAGAAAAUUAAUAAAAUGAUUUAGUGUGA